AUGCCGAGCUGGAGGCUGCUGGCGCAGGCCAGCACCCACGUGCUGGGCCGCGGUGUCGGCGCCCGGGGCUCGGGGCUCAGAACAAACGAAUGGCUUUUCGUUAGAAGUCUCCAGAGCAAGAGUAGCACUUGGUGGAAUGAACAUCUUUCUGAAGAAAACCUCCCAUUUAUUAAGCAGUUGUUCUCCGAGGAGAACAAAGCCCAACUAGAAAGUAAACUGUGUCCUCUGAAAGAUGAGCCAUGGCCUAUACAUCCUUGGGCACCAGGUUCUUCUAGGGUCGGCCUCGUUGCACUGAAGCUGGGCAUGAUGCCUUUAUGGACCAAAGACGGUCAGCAGCAUGUGGUCACAUUACUGCAGGUACAAGACUGUCAUGUCCUAAAAUACACGCCGAAGGAAAACGUCAAUGGGAAAAUGGCCACCCUAACUGUAGGAGGAAAAACCGUGUCACGCUUUUAUAAAGCUACGUCCAUAUUGGAAUUUUACCAAGAACUUGGAUUACCGCCAAAACAGAAAAUUAAAAUCUUUCGUGUGACAGAUAACGCUGUAAUUAAGCCAGGCACGCCUCUGUACGCUGCACACUUUCGGCCCGGACAGUAUGUGGAUGUCACAGCCAAAACUAUUGGUAAAGGUUUUCAAGGUGUCAUGAAAAGAUGGGGGUUUAAAGGCCAGCCUGCUACUCAUGGUCAAACGAAAACCCACCGGCGACCUGGAGCCAUUUCCACGGGUGAUAUUGCCAGAGUCUGGCCUGGAACGAAAAUGCCUGGCCGGAUGGGAAACAGAGAUAGGACCGCCUAUGGCUUGAAAGUGUGGAGAAUAAACACAAAGCAUAAUAUCAUCUAUGUAAACGGCUCUGUGCCUGGACAUAAAAAUUGCUUAGUAAAGAUCAAAGAUUCUUCCUUGCCUACAUAUAAGGACUUGUGCAAAACUCUACCGUUCCCCACCUAUUUUCCUGAUGGAGAUGAAGAAGAACUACCUGAAGACUUGUAUGACGAGAACGUGUGUCAGCCCAGUGCGCCAUCUGUGACGUACGCCUAGCUCACUCGGCCUGGUGAGCCUCACCUCGCCUCGUCUGCUCCGUGGGCUGUGCGGACCCCGCGCAACCACAGGACCAGGAACUCUGUUCCUUCUCUUUCUUUUGAUCAUAGCAAUGCUGUUUUUUAACCUCUUUGCCAAGGACCUAGAGAUGUUACUCAAUGCCCCGCCAAAUUUUGUUAGGAAAAUCGCCCUCUAGUAGAUUGUUAUCCACUAGAAUAAAUCAGCUAAGUAGAUCAGAUAUAUAAAAUUUUAGGUGGGCGUGGCUGUUUGCGUAUUGGGAAAGCCUUUGUUAACUAUUUUUAUUAUACAUUUUCAAAUCAUCUUAAGGUGUUUAUAAACUUAAGUCCACUUAUUAAAUACUUGGUCUGUCUUUUUAAAGAGAUGAUUGUAGAGGUGCGCCAUGUGGGACCUGUGGUGCACCUAUGUAGAAAAGAAGCAGCCACUCCCUGAAAGGCACCGUCACUGUCCUGUUGUUCCACCAGAAAGGAAAUUGGGGUUUUUAUGUAUACAGGGAUAUAAAGGCCUUAUGAUAAAAUGAUAAUAAAGUGAAUUAUGAGUCCUAUUUA